CAACGUUACAUAUAAAGACCGUCACCACCCACAACACGCGUCGUUUUACUAGCACAGUCUAAAGGUGAGACACAAGCAGCAUCGCUCCGUCAACAAAAUGGUGAAAAGCAAAGUUUGGACCGUUAAAACGGCGUUUGAUGGCAAAGUGCAAACGUCCAACUUUGAACUUAUUGAGGAGGAGGUCUCAGACAACCUUAAAGAUGAUGCAUAUCUGAUCGAAGCCCUUCACUGGACUGUUGAUCCGUACAUGAGGACAAGCGAAUUGGGGCGAGUUAAGCCGGGACAAUGCAUGGCGGGGGAACAGAUCGCCAAGGUGAUCGCCAGUAAAAAUUCCUCCCAUCCGGUGGGAAGUCUCGUUCGGGUGUUCGCAGGAUGGCGUACCCAUACACUUAUUUACAACGACGUGGAACAGAAAGUGGGACGCAUGCCGGAACUUGGUGACCUCCCUUUAUCUUUGACCCUCGGUGUUAUGGGAAUGCCAGGAAUGACAGCUUAUUUUGGUUUUCUGGAGCUUUGCCAGCCAAAAGAAGGAGACGUUGUGCUUGUCAAUGGUGCUGCCGGGGCAGUCGGUAGUCUUGUCGGACAAAUCGCCAAAAUAAAGGGUUGCAAAGUAGUGGGAUGUGCCGGAACUGACGACAAAUGCAAAUGGUUGAAGGAAUUAGGUUUUGAUGAGGUCUUCAACUACAAGAAGGUUGAUCUAUCCGAGGCUUUAAAAGCGGCCGCCCCAGAUGGUUUCGAUUGUUUUUUCGACAAUAUAGGAGCAGACUUCACUGCUACAGCACUGAAACACAUGAAGCAGUUCGGCCGAGUUUCCAUCUGUGGACAGAUAUCCUCGUACAACGACAAAGCGCCUCCAAAAGGUGAAUACCCUUUCAUGUUUAUCCUUGGCAAACAGCUUAAAAUUGAGGGAUUUAUCGUGAUGCGGUGGUAUCAAAGAUGGGCGGAGGGAGAAAAGGCAAUGGCACAGUGGAUCAGAGAGGGAAAAAUCAAGUACAAAGAAACAGUAUAUAAGGGAUUUGAGAAUAUGCCUAAGGCCUUCGUGGGACUGUUCGAUGGUGCCAACACUGGAAAAGCGAUAAUCUCUGCAUAAUCGGACGUUUCUACUGUCCAGAGCUACACUAUAACGUAAUUAAACCAUAUACAUGAUCGCACAACAAAGAAAAACAUUUAAGUGAUGGUUUGAAGUAACUGAUUUCUAUCAGAAUCAGAAUUCGCAGCAUAUGUCUGUUACUUUUCAAUUAUAGACAUUGUAUAUGCCAUAGACAUGUGUCAUUUUAGCAUUAUCUCUGUCGAAAUAAUAACAUGUUAAAUGAAUAUGAAUAGAAGUUAAAUUACAAUUGCGAUAGACAAAGAAAACAUACACGGAUGCUGUUGCAUAAUCAAUAUGUUGUUCAAAUAAAUUGACCAGUAUUAAUUUGAU